GGCAGGUGGUUAGUUUGUUCAAACACUCACACACAAGCACACAACAAAGCACAAAUUCCAGAUUAAUAGAAGAGAAAGACAGACCCUCUUUGGCGUCUUUGAGGGUCCAAAACUCAUCAACGAGGGGAUCUGGAGAACCACAAACCAAAAGCUGAGAGAGAGAGAGAGAGAGGAAGAUGGUGACGGAGAGGAAGAACGGAAGCAGAGCUGCAAGCACGUCUACAGACAGAGAAGACACCAUGUAAAGAAAGGUAGAAAGAAUGAGCAGUGUGGAUUAUUUUGCAUCUGAGUCACUGGACGACUGGACAAACCAAGGAGCUUUUUCAAACACCUCUUCCCAGGAACGGGACACCUCCGCUGGGAUGAGAGAAGGUGGAGUCGGAGAAAAAUCGGAAGAUUAAUCCUUUCAUGGCAUCGAACAGUGUCUUUGGGUAAUUGUCGUCAGCUUUUAUUAUAGCUGUUGCUGCUUCUGCACCCAGGAUUGCGGCAUGAACCCUGGGGCAUUCUCCAGCUCUGGCCCCCUGUCCUGGGCCAUGUACCUGAUGAGGAAAGGCCGGACAGGCAGCGGACUCUUUGACCCAGCCCCCGGCCGGCGUUACACCCCCCCCUCCACCACCCUCGCCUCAGGGGGGAAGAUGGCCGAGUCCAUGCCCCUGGGUGCCCAGGAGGCUGGAGGCGGGGCCGCUAUGGUGGGCAAACUGCGCAUGGCUGACCGAGGCAUGGUGGAGGUGAUCUCAGAUCAUCCCGGGGAGCUGGUGAAGACGGACAGCCCCAACUUCCUGUGCUCCGUGCUGCCCACACACUGGAGGUGCAACAAGACCCUGCCCAUCGCUUUCAAGGUGGUUGCCCUCGGCGACACCCCUGACGGCACCUUGGUUACGGUGAUGGCGGGAAAUGACGAGAACUUCUCCGCUGAGCUUCGUAACGCCACGGCUGCCCUCAAGAACCAGGUGGCCCGAUUCAAUGACCUGCGCUUUGUGGGCCGCAGCGGAAGAGGGAAGAGUUUCACUCUGACCAUCACCGUGUUCACCAACCCUCCUCAGGUGGCCACAUACCAGAGAGCCAUUAAGAUUACAGUGGACGGCCCCCGAGAGCCAAGACGUUUAUGUCAUCUUUUCCUCCCAGGUCAUCGUCAGAAGAUGGAUGAAGUCAAACCCGGCACGCUGGCUUUCUCCGAGAGGCUCACAGAGCUGGAGCAGCUGAGACGGAGCUCAAUGAGGGUGACGCCUCCUCACCACCAUCACCAUCAACACCCCGCCAACAGCCGCCAGUCUGCAGCACUCAACUCGGCCACCUUCUCGGGCCCUGCACACGCUCAGAUUACUGCUGACUCCAGACAGAUGCAGUCGUCUCCAUCUUGGUCCUACGACCAAUCCUAUCCCUACCUUGGGCAGAUAACCACGCCCACCAUGCACACAGCCAAUCCCCUUUCACCUGGUCGAUCUUCGCUCAGUGACCUGUCUUCGCGUCUCACAGGCCCUGACCUCGCAGCCUUUGGUGACCACAGGAUGACCUUGGAACGACCUUUCACCUCCCUCCCCUCCUUACCAGACUCUCGCUUCUCGGAUCCCCGUGUCCACUACCCCUCUACAGCCGCCGCCUUCACCUACACCCCCUCUCACAACGCCGUCUCCAAUGGUGCCCUCGGCCUCUCCAUGGCGACGGCCAUGGCGAACACUCCAGCGGGGAGAUACCACACCUACCUGCCUCCCCCCUACCCGGCAAACACCCCCCACCAGGGUCAGAACGGGCCCUUCCAGUCCACCUCCUCGCCGUAUCACCUGUACUACUCCACCACCGCCGGAUCAUAUCAGUUCUCCAUGAUGGCCGGGGGUGGGGGAGGCAACGACUCACGCUCCCCACCCAGGAUCCUGCCGCCGUGCACCAACGCCUCCACAGGGUCCUCCCUCCUGCACCCCUCUUUGCCCAACCAGAAUGAAGGAGUGGGUGUGGAGGUGGAGUCCAGCCACAGUAGCUCCCCCACAAACAUGGUCGCUGCCGAGUCCGUCUGGAGACCGUACUGAAGCAGGUUUAAGGUGCUCCCUGGUCAUGUGACUUCACUGAAUAUAAACACAAAGUAUGAUGUGACACGAGUCAUAAGUGAAAGACAGAUAACUCACUCCAACAAUCUAAUCUUUGGUUAAAGGAUGAGGAAGUCUUGUGGUAUUUUAUAGUUUUCCGCAUGAGGAGCGCCAAACCAACCGUGUGUUUCUCUGUCUCUAGAUACUUCCUGACUUUACCAACCUUCAGUGGCUCUCUGCUGUCUAUGUUGUCCCUAGAUUUCUUCCUAGACCAUACUGAUUUUACACACCUCUACUGUGAGUGGAGUUUCAACGCAGUCGGGUUAGAGGAAAUGUUGCCACACAGGGUACGAUGUUGACGGUCACCUUUCCUGCUGAGUCUUUAUUUUAUUUAUGUACAAGCACUGGAUUUUUUUUGUGACAUUUAAUAUUUGAAAAGACUUCACCGACUACAGGUCGUCAUCACUUAUCCAGAAGCGGGAUGAGAGCACCCAGUUUAGACAGCAGUGAAAGAAAAAUGACUGAAUACCGACGGAUGAACGGAGAGAAUGCAGCUUCCUUUGUAAAAAAGUCUUUCUCAAAAAUGGUGUUCAUUAGAGAUGAUUUGCUCAUGCCAAAUAAUGCGUUUGCCUGUUUAUGUUGAUAUUUGUCUCUGUUUCUUCCCCUGGUUUUACCUCCUCUAUCAGCUUUCUGACAUUUUGAAAAAGUGCCCAUUAUCGUCAUCAAGAAAAUAAGAAGACAUUCACUCGCUAUUGGUGUUAUUACGGCCCUUGAGGCAAAUUUGGACAGGAAAUAUAAACCACACUGAUUUCUACAUAUUGUGAGAGAGCAUUACAGCAUGGAGUUUUGUAAAAUACAUUAAUUUAUUCCUUUUCGGUAGCAUGCCGUGCGUGUGUGUGCGUGGCUGGUGUGUGUGGCUGGUGUGUGUAUGUGUGCUCCACUGUCUAUUUGUACUGUAUAUAACCAAGGCUGAAAAUGACACCUGCAUUUGAUCAUGUUUUCACCUCUCCUUCUCUUAUUGUUCUGACAUGUUGAUAGUACAGUUUUUGAUUUUUUGUUUUAUAUAAAAGUUCU